AAUUUAAUUUAAACAUAGCUACUCAUAUUUUUUAUUAUUGGCUAAAUAAUAAUCGUAGACAGUUUUUUUUACAUAUUUAAUACAAUGAGAACUAUAUCUAAGUUCUCUCGUCAGCUUUUUUUUAUAUAAUUAACCCAACAUUCACAAUUUAUAAUUUAAUUCUGACAUCUUUUUACUUUUUAAGUUCUUAUAUUUCAGAAAUUAGGUGCUAAUAGUAAUAAGGAAAUAGCAAUGCCUAACACCGAAGAAAUAUCUACUAAGGCCCAAGAAGAUGCGUUAAAUAAAUUUGUUAAUCGCAUCUUUAGUAAUGAUCCCUUUCGAGAGAAAAUAAUGAUGCCAACUGUAAUGGGACGACCAGUAAUGAAAAGUCUAGAAGAGAAAACUUUAGAUUCUAUUACAGAAAGUUGUAUAUUUAAAUCUGUGCUCAGCGGUGUAAUGGGUUUUGCUCUCGGAGGAGCUAUUGGUCUUUUUACAUCAAGUGUAAACCCACCUAUUAAAGCACCCGGUCAACAAGAAACCGUUAGAGAAAUAUUACGUGAAAUGAAAACGUCAUCACUUGGAUAUGCAAAAAAUUUUGCUUUACUAGGAGCUGUAUUUUCUGGUAUAGAAUGCACAGUAGAGACUUAUAGAGGUCAAUCCGAUUGGAAGAAUGGUACUUAUGCAGGCGGUAUUACUGGAGGCCUGAUAGGAUUUAGAGCUGGAGCCAAAGCAGGUUUGCUUGGAGCUUUGGGAUUUGCAACCUUUUCUACAGCAAUAGAUUAUUACAUGCGAAAUUCGUCUUAAUUCUGUUAAUUUUCAUAUGAUUUGUUGUAAAUAGAUUGUAAGUAGUAAAUGUUUAUAAAUUAAAACUAUGUUUAAAAAUGUUGUAAACAUUUAAAGGAA